AUGUGUCUACCCGUGUCAAAGUGUUGCUGCUGUAUUAGUUUGAGUGUUGGUGCCAAAAUCGUAGCUAUAUUAAGUUUGAUCGCAUCAACAUGCACUACUCUACUGUAUGGAACUGCUACUAUGCUCCCUCGGCCAGAUAGUGAAUUCCGAAGGAUAACCCACAUGGUGGUUGCUGUAGCUGCCGUUAUCAAAUUUAUUAUGGCCUGCCUCAUGACAUAUGGCACAUUUCAAAAAAAACCUAAGUUCCUACUGCCAUGGUUACUGACUGCUUGGCUAUACUCAGUUGUUUUAAUACUCAUAUCGUUGUUCGGGAGCAUUCUGAUCGCCCUUAAAGUUCCUAAAAAUAUGGAAACGACAUCUGAAGUCAGUACAAUGGUGUCUGCCUAUUUUAUAUAUGCAAUUAUAUUAUACUACUUUGCAUCAGUUGUAAACAGUAGAAGAGAAGAGAUGAUACGAGACAGGCAAAUAAAAUUUACAUACGUGUCUCACCGCCUCAUUGGUCCUAGAGUUCUUCCAAAAACAUAUACAUAA